AUGAAAUUCACUAGUAUUUUGCGGAAACUUAUCAAAUCCGAUGACAAAAUUGCUGCGAAUCCAAAGAAAUCUUCAAAAUCCAGGGAUAUUUUGAAAUUUGAAAAUGUCAAGCAGAAAAUCGAUAAUGUGGUGAGUUAUUUUUUUCGUAAAUAAUUUUUUAUAAAAAAAUAAUUUUUUCAAAAUUCUUUUUUCAGUGGCACCGAAAAACGAUAAUUAUUCGAAAAAACGCGGAUCUCGAUUUUCAACUGUAUAUUUUGGCCAACUCCGCUUACUCAUAUUAUGAAGUUUAUGAUUUGUCGAAGAAUUUUGUCGAGCAACUUUUUGGUGGGUUUUUGAACAAUAAAUAAUUAUUUUUUCAACAAAAAUAAUUUUCAUUUCAAAUUUCAAGUUUUUUGUUGUUGUUGAAAAUUCAGAAAAUUUCUGUUUUUUUUUGAGUUUCUAGAAUUUUCUCUCAAAUUUUUCAGUUUUGAAUAUAUUCUAUAUUUCUAUAGAAAUUUGUUGAUUAAAAAAUUUUUCAGUAUUUUUACUACUCAAAUCACCUUUUCAAAAAUCAAUAUUUUUCUAGACAAUACUUCUCGAAAAACACAAAUCCUCCUGGUCGAAGCCGCAAUUUCCCUAAAAUUCCAAACCCUUUCCGAUAAAUGGCGAAUGGUCGAAUUUCUACGUGCUAAUAUGAGCAAUCCCCAUAUUCUCUCAACUUCGGGACAACUUAUUCAUCGUCCAAAUUCCCGUGCAAAAACCGGACAAAAUGUUCGAUGUCUCAUCAAAUCCACAUGUUUAUAUAUAAUCGAUUACAAGGAAAAUCGUGUGAUUGCUCAUGUUAAUCUCAAAUUACACGUUGGGUUCAUGAGUUGUGUUGGCGACGAAUUGUAUUUCACCAAAUUGCGAAAAUCGCAAAUUUGUGCGGAUAACAAGGAUUUUUGGAGUAUUCGAAUUGGUGCCGCCACGUCAUCAAUCGAUAAUUUGUGGCGCGAAAUGGCAAGGAAUCAUCGAUUUGAGAAUUUGGAUCAAUAUUUCAAAUUUGUACGCAUUUUUAGAGUUAAAUAA